CUUAUCAUGGAGCGCUAAACAAUAAUAUCAGACUAAGGGAAUUUGUUCUCCUUAAGUUUCUUCUUUCUGAACCAGAGACAGAUUAGAUUGGCAGUCUCAUUGGUUCCUUCCCUUCAGCAUCUGUUUCUGAACAAUUUAAUUAAUGUUAUUCUUAUUCUAUUAAUAUUUCACCUUCCGUAGUUUUAGUUAUAACUUGCAACUACUCUGUCUCUGUCUGUCAAGCUGUGUGUGUGGGAGGGGUCCGAGAGACAGAGACAGAGGCACUAGUAUUGCUCUCCAGUCUCACAUUCACGUCAGUGAUCAGUACAUCUAAGUUGUUCAUGAUCAAUUCUCAUUGAAGAGAUUAGGAAGAUUUGUCGUACUCACUGAUCUUGCCAAUUUCCGUCUUGACCGUUGUGUGUCUGUUUCUUUUCCCAUUUAUAGUACUCAUUCAAUUCAUUGUUGCCUUUCUACAAAAUAAAGAUCCAUGGAGUUUGCUAGAUUCCUUGGCAGCUCUUGUUGGACGGUAGGAAUUUUGAUCUCAGGUAAUGUGAUCGAAGAUAAGGUAAAUGAUUUGGUUUGAUGCGUUUAUGCGUGUGAAAAGGUUAAUCUCAUUGUUGAUUUUUUCAUGGGUGAGUGUAGGAUUUGUGCUUGCAGAAAUGGAAAUGGUGGCUGCAGUUGGGAUCAACUAUGGACAAAUAGGAAACAAUCUGCCUUCGCCGGACGAGGUGGUGCCGCUGAUAAAGUCGGUCGGCGCCACCAAGGUGAAGCUAUACGACGCGGAUCCGCGUGUGCUUCGUGCAUUUGCUAAUACUGGAGUUGAAUUCAUGGUAGGGCUGGGGAAUGAGUACCUAUCAAAGAUGCAAGAUCCAAAGCAAGCUCAAGCCUGGAUUAAAUCAAACGUGCAACCAUACUUGCCGGACACCAAGAUCACUUGCAUCUUCGUGGGAAACGAGGUUUUAACCUUCAACGAUACUUCUCUCAGCCACAGCCUGCUUCCAGCGAUGCAGGGUGUUCACACGGCGCUCGUCAAUCUCGGGCUUGACAAGCAGGUAUCGGUGACCACCACGCACUCUCUGGCGGUUCUGGAAACCUCUUACCCACCUUCCGCCGGAGCAUUUCGUUCCGAUCUCACUUCAUGCCUCACUCCCAUCUUGAGCUUCCACGCCAAAACUGGAUCUCCUUUUCUCAUAAAUGCAUACCCUUACUUCGCCUACAAGGCCAAUCCCAAGCAAGUGGACCUUGAUUUUGUACUGUUUCAGCCUAAUGAAGGGGUUGUGGAUCCUUCCUCGAAUCUGCAUUACGAUAACAUGUUGUUUGCCCAGAUUGAUGCUGUUUACUCAGCCCUGGCAUCUUUGGGUUACGGCAAGUUGUCAGUUCAUAUUUCAGAGACUGGCUGGCCUUCCAAAGGAGACGAUGACGAAGCCGGCGCCACCCCGGAGAAUGCCAAGAAAUAUAAUGGCAAUCUGAUCAAGCUCAUUGCGCACAACCAGAAGAAGGGAACGCCCAUGAAGCCUAACAGCGAUUUGAAUAUUUACGUCUUUGCGCUCUUCAAUGAGAAUAUGAAGCCCGGACCGACUUCCGAGAGGAAUUACGGUCUUUUUAAUCCCGAUGGCACUCCGGCGUAUUCCCUCGGCUUAUCUGGAAGUGACGUCUCUACCAACACUUCCUCCUCCUCCUCCCCCACUUCUCCUGCCGGAUCCUCCUCCUCCUCCUCCACCACCACCACCCCUGAUUCAGGCACUCCGCCGUUGCCUACCACUUCCUCCACCGGUUACAUGGCCAUUUCCUCCGCUCAGGAGAGUUACCAUUUGUUUUGGCCUGUAUCCUUUUUGCUGCCAUGGGCGAUGCUGAAGCUGAUCUUUUACAGGUUGUGAACAUUCUUUUCCAUAAUCCAGCUGUCAGAAUCUGGGGAAAAAAAAACGGAAAAAGAAAUAGCAGUGUUAGUGUUGGCGGUGGAAAAAGAAGAGAGAGAGUAAAGUGGUGAGUCAGAAUGGAGGAGAGAGAGGGAGGAGCCAUACUGUCAUCUUUCCUUUGCUUGUACGCUACUGGUGGUGUUCUUGAACUUUAUCAAGCCCGGGUAACAAGGCGCGACUAACUCGUCAUUGGAUUCGUUGCCCACUUGGAUUCAUAAUGGAAGUCUGCGUCAUCAUGAUUUGGGCCUCCAGAUACUUAGACUUUGCAGUUAUACCUUGCCACGAGUCUGGGUCUUAGAAGUAAAAUAAUGUUGUACUGCUUUUAUUUAUUUAUUAUUGACUUCCAUUUUACAAUCAGAGUUUUUUUUUUUUUUGGGGCCAUGGAUGGGAGGGAGUCUAGUGUUACAUUUUUAAAUUUACUUUGUACUAUUAAUUUAAGUGAAAAUGAAUUUGGAGGUCAUUAUAAUUUACCUCAAUUUUGAAUUAAGUCCCUACACUUUGUUU